AUGAAAGAGAUAUCAAAUGCUUUGAAUUAUCCUCGCAAAUUUCGAAUAACAAUAGUGCCACUUGAGGAGAAAGAUGGAUCUCUUGGAGAUUUCACUUUUAAUGAUCAGUUUGCUCCUAUCAGCAAUUGGAUUUAUGCUGUCAGUCAAUAUAUAAUUCAACCUUCAAUGUUUCAUGACGACGAUAAAACAUUUUAUAAUUCGCUAAAACCGUUAAGUUCAAAAAUGCGUGAACGGAUUUUGAAAUCAGCUGGCGUUGCUCUUGAUCAAUCAGAGAUCCUCGAAAAUAAUGAAAUUCGUUCAAGACGAAAGAGUUGUGGCUGUAACUGUAUUCAGUGUGAACCCGAAACUUGUUAUUGCACACUGACAGGAAUUAAUUGUCAAGUUGACGAGCCGCAGUUUCCUUGUUCUUGUGCUAAAUCGUGUAAUAAUCCAUAUGGACGUAUAGCUUUUCGAUCUAGUUUAGUUCGUAUACAUCACCAACAAACACUGAAACGAUUAAAGGCUUCUCAAAAACGUGAGGAAACGGUAUCAUAA